UACAAGUUGCAUAGUGUAAGCUGGACGUCGAAAAGAAAGUGCCAGGAAAAACAACACCAUUUUUCUCUCUCUUUCUUUGUCUCGCCCAAUUUUCUUCUCAAUUUCUCUCCCACCAAUCCUCAGAUCUUCCCUUUUUUCUCUCUCAAUUGACUCCAAUUCCUAUACUUUAUACAAACACUACAACUUUGUCAACUCGCCUUUAAUUUUCCCACAACCAAUUCUAACCUCAACUUGGUUUUCUUUUACUUAAUCUGAAUCCUUGUGUGGUUGUUUUGAUUUUUGAUUCUGGGUUUUAAUGGGGUGUUUCCAAUCUAAACUAGGUCAUUCCAAACAAUCCCUUCAUCAUACUAAUGGUACUGGUAUUACUGCUAGUUCUGGCGAUGGAGGGUCUGUGAAUUUCCACGAGUUUUCUAUGUCGGAGCUUAAAACUGCCACUGAUAAUUUCAGUUCUAAAUUGAUUGUGUCUGAAGGUGGUGAAAAAGCACCCAAUGUUGUGUACCGUGGCCGCCUUCAGAAUCGGCGCUUGAUUGCUGUUAAGAAGUUUUCUAAGCUUGCUUGGCCUGACCCUAAACAGUUCGCUGAGGAAGCUAAAGGAGUUGGGAAAUUAAGGCAUAAGAAGGUGGCAAAUUUGAUAGGGUAUUGUUGUGAUGGAGAUGAGAGGUUGUUGGUUGCUGAGUUUAUGCCUAAUGAUACUCUUGCAAAACAUCUAUUUCACUGGGAGAAUCAAACACUUGAGUGGGCAAUGCGAUUGAGAGUAGCUUUGCAUAUUGCCGAAGCCCUUGAGUACUGCAGCACUGAAGGCCGUCCACUUUACCACGACUUAAAUGCAUACAGGGUUCUCUUUGAUGAGAAUGGUGAUCCACGACUUUCUUGUUUUGGUCUAAUGAAGAACAGCAGAGAUGGAAAAAGUUAUAGCACAAAUCUUGCGUACACACCUCCUGAGUAUCUACGAAAUGGAAGAGUUACCCCGGAAAGUGUAAUCUUCAGUUUUGGAACAGUUCUGUUGGACCUUCUCAGUGGCAAGCAUAUCCCUCCUAGUCACGCUCUUGACAUGAUACGAGGCAAAAACAUUCUUUCUCUAAUGGAUUCACAUUUGGAAGGGAAUUUCUCAAAUGAAGAGGCUACAGUUGUUUUUAAUAUUGCCUCGCAGUGCUUGCAGUAUGAGCCGAGAGAACGACCAAAUGUCAAAGAUCUUGUUACCACACUUGCUCCGCUGCAAAACAAAGCCGAUGUUCCUUCUUAUUUGAUGUUGGGGAUACCAAAACCUGAGGAUGCACCUGCUACACCUCAGCAUCCACUUUCUUCCAUGGGAGAUGCUUGUUCUCGGUUGGACCUCACUGCAAUCCAUCAAAUAUUGGUUUCAACACAUUACAAAGAUGAUGAAGGGACCAAUGAGUUAUCUUUCCAAGAAUGGACACAGCAAAUGAGAGACAUUCUGGAGGCAAGAAAACGUGGGGACUUGGCAUUCCGUGAUAAAGAUUUUAAAACAGCUAUAGACUGCUAUUCACAGUUCAUAGACGUUGGAACUAUGAUCUCUCCUACUGUUUAUGCUCGUCGAAGUCUGUGCUAUCUGUUCAUGGAUCAAGCUGAUGCAGCUCUACGAGAUGCAAUGCAAGCACAAUGUGUAUACCCAGAUUGGUCAACAGCUUUCUACAUGCAGUCAGUGGCCCUAUCAAAGCUAGAUAUGCACAAAGAUGCAGCUGACAUGUUGAAUGAGGCUGCUCAAUUAGAAGAGAGACGACAACGCAGUGCAAAAGGAAGUUGAGUAUCAAACUCUGUACAAUUCUUUCAUUAUUGGUUCCGAAUCGUUUGUUUUAGUAUUUAUAGUACAGACUGUGUAUGAUGGGUUGUAUGUAUUAUUACUCUUGCAUUUUGAUGAUGUACCAUAGAGAAGUAGAGGAGUUGGUUGCUAUAAAUUGAGAGUGUACCAUUAAUUGGUGUUAAAUUCCAUUGAAAUAAUUUGUUCUAGCUGUAGUAUGUACAUUUGAAACUUAUAAUACAACACAAUUUUGGAGCUUCA